UAGAUUAGAGCCACCCAAGGUUUGUCUACAUGGUGGAGGAGCCUCUCCUGCCAUUGCGAGUUGAUUUUGGGUUGGGUGUCCUGAUAACACCCAAGUCCCCACUUAUUCUUGUUAAAGAAUGUCAAUUUCCAACCAAUGUGAAUCGUGGGCUGGGGGAGAACGGGAAGUCCGGAAAAAUUGUAGGAUUAUUUAGAUUGAAUACAGUGACUCCUCAACAGAAUGAUGAACUUCUGGUUUCGGGUAUAGAUGAUGUGUUAAUGAUUCUUAAAUCAGAUUAUGAGAAAGCUUAUUUUGUUACAGGUUCAGCAGAUGAUCAGAAGUAA